UUACGAAGGAUGAAUCUAUCCGAACCCAAGGUGCAGAGGAAUAUUCGUUGAUUUUUGUUCCUUCCUCUACUAAGCAGAAAAGACUAUAAUACCCUCCACAUAUUAACACCUACAGUGGCCCGAUCUGAAUCCGAGCUAAAAAAACGGUUAUCCAAUCUAAAUACAGUCAAUGGCAUCGUUUUCUUGUCGUAGAGCGCUCCUUGUCCUCGAAGUCCUCUUCGUUACGUUUCUCUCCGUGUCGGGUUUUCUACCGGAGACUGGACGACUGGCCGGAGACGACAUCAUCGAAGUCAAUCGCUCGCAGAGGGAGUUCGAUUAUUUCGCUCUCUCUUUUCAAUGGCCUGGAACUUACUGCCGUGGAACUCGCCAUUGCUGCUCCAAAAACGCUUGCUGUAGAGGCUCGAACGCUCCUACUCACUUCACUAUCCAUGGACUAUGGCCCGACUAUAACGACGGUUCCUGGCCUUCAUGUUGUUAUCGAUCUGACUUCAAUGAGAAGGAGAUCUCGACUUUGAUGGAUGGCUUAGAGAAGUACUGGCCUAGUCUCAGUUGUGGUUCUCCCUCGUCAUGCCAUGGUGGAAAAGGAUCAUUUUGGGGCCAUGAGUGGGAGAAACAUGGGAAAUGUACUUCUCCUGUUUUUCAUGAUGAGUAUAACUACUUCCUUACCACGCUUAAUAUCUACUUAAAGCAUAACGUCACGCCAGUGAUAUUUUCAUCUACCAUUGAUGUAGGAUGUCCUUUUGGCUAUGUUGCCUCCAACAGCGACAAGUAUCCUCUAGGAGGUAUCGUCACAGCUAUUCAGAAUGCAUUUCAUAUCAACCCUGAAGUGGUAUGCAAAAAAGGUGCAAUCGAUGAAAUACGUAUAUGCUUCUAUAGGGAUUUUAAGCCCAGGGACUGUGUUGGUUCAAAAGAUGUGACGUCGAAGAAAUCAUGUCCCAAGUACGUAAGUUUGCCAGAAUACACGCCAUUGGAUGGGGAGGCUAUGGUUCUGAAGAUGCCAUCUGAUAGAGACGUUCUUUGAAUCUGAAAGUAUUUGGAUCAUAUUGUUGCCUUCUUAUACGCAAUAUUCACAAUUUCUCAUAUAUGACUUUGAUGAUGUAAUUUUACAGCCAAGCAUAUAAACAUUUAAUAAAAGUUUGUCUUUUCUUAUUCCUUGGGAUAUGAAGCUCGUUUAUCAGAUUUCUUUUUAUGAUGACAAGAUUUAAAUUCUA